AUGGCUAUCAGCAACACGUCCCUUAACGUCGACAGCUAUGAAUCCGAUGCCAAGUCCGUCAGUACUGUGUGGGAGGAGGAUUUACUGGAGGCAGUGGGUACAACUGCGGAAGGAUACGCAGAAGACCUACGCAUCAAGCGCGAAUACUGGGAUCGGAAAAACGAGCCCUUUUUCACAGUCUGGAGGGCCAUGAUUGAAAGCACGUCGGAAUCUCGCAAGGCCGACAACAUGCUGAACAAAGAGCAUCAAGCGCAAAACGCCGCGUUGAAGAAGCUAUGGGACCAGUGCAUUCAAUGCCUCGAAGCAUUUCCAAAAGAACAGCAAAUUCUCCAAGCACUAGCAACAGACCACGGCUACCCCUGGAAGAACAGACUCGACAAGCCGGGUGGCACCGAGUGGGCUGUUGUGCUCACCUACAUCAUCAUGCAACAGCGAGGCCGUUUCAAAGCCGAGCUCACUGGCUCCUAUUGGCACGAGGGUAAGAAGCAAGACAGUUUUUACGAUGAGGUCAGGUCUUUGCUCAGCGAGCGGAUUUACGAUUGUGAGGACUGGGGGUCUGAGGCUGAGGAUGUGUUUCUUGAAGCGCGGGAAAGGUGCGAUGGAGAUGAGGGGGAUGAGGAUGAGGAUGAGACGGGUGGGGAGGCGGUGUAG